CGAAGUCGCUCGCCGACGGCCGGGAGCGCACUCGCCGCUCCUGGGAAGUGUUUGGCGGCUUCGCGGUUCCUUUGCUCGCCGCGCUCCUAGAAGGGGCGGCCGCCUCCAGGUGACACAGACGGGACUCCCGCUUGCGCUUUCCAGAUGCAUCAGAGAUACUUUUGGACUGACCAGGGCCAAGUGGCAUUCGGCGGGCACUUCAUGGCGGAAGGUGAAGGGUACUUUGCCAUGGCCGAGGACGAGCUGGCCGGCGGCGCCUACAUCCCCCUGGGCUGCGACUUUAGCGGCGGCAGCAGCGACGUGGUUGGCGGCUGCGGUUUCGACGAGCCCUGCUCGGACUACUGCGAAAGCCCCACGGCGCACUGCAACGUGCUCAACUGGGAGCAAGUGCAGCGGCUGGACGGCAUCCUGAGCGAGACCAUCCCGAUCCACGGCCGCGGCAACUUCCCCACGCUCGAGCUGCAGCCGAGCCUGAUCGUGAAGGUGGUGCGGCGGCGCCUGGCGGAGCAGGGCAUCUGCGUCCGCGACGUGCGCCUCAACGGCUCGGCGGCCAGCCACGUCCUGCACCAGGACAGCGGCCUGGGCUACAAGGACCUGGACCUCAUCUUCUGCGCCGACCUGCGAGGGGAAGAGGAGUUUCAGACUGUGAAGGACGUCGUGCUGGACUGCCUGUUGGACUUCUUACCCGAAGGGGUGAACAAAGAGAAGAUCACACCACUCACGCUCAAGGAAGCUUAUGUGCAGAAAAUGGUUAAAGUGUGCAAUGACUCUGACCGAUGGAGUCUUAUAUCCCUAUCAAACAACAGUGGCAAAAAUAUGGAACUGAAAUUUGUGGAUUCCCUCCGGAGGCAGUUUGAAUUUAGUGUAGAUUCUUUCCAAAUCAAAUUAGACUCUCUUCUCCUCUUUUACGAAUGUUCAGAGAACCCGAUGACUGAAACAUUUCACCCUACAAUAAUCGGUGAGAGCGUCUAUGGCGAUUUCCACGAAGCCUUUGAUCACCUUUGUAAUAAGAUCAUUGCCACCAGGAACCCAGAGGAAAUCAGAGGGGGAGGCCUACUGAAGUACUGCAACCUUUUAGUAAGGGGCUUUAGGCCCGCCUCUGAUGAGAUCAAGACCCUUCAGAGGUAUAUGUGUUCCAGGUUUUUCAUCGACUUCUCAGACAUUGGAGAGCAGCAGAGAAAACUGGAGUCCUAUUUACAGAACCACUUCGUGGGAUUGGAAGACCGCAAGUAUGACUAUCUCAUGACCCUUCAUGGAGUGGUGAAUGAGAGUACAGUGUGCCUGAUGGGACAUGAAAGAAGACAGACUUUAAACCUUAUCACAAUGCUGGCUAUCCGGGUGCUAGCUGACCAAAAUGUCAUCCCUAACGUGGCUAACGUCACUUGCUAUUACCAGCCGGCCCCCUAUGUAGCAGAUGCCAACUUUAGCAAUUACUACAUUGCACAAGUCCAGCCAGUAUUCACAUGCCAGCAACAGACGUACUCUACUUGGCUACCCUGCAAUUAAAAAUCAUUUAAAAAUAUCCUGUGGGGAAGCCAUUUCAGAUAAGAUAGAGAAAAAUAAAAAGAAGGAAAAAAAAAGGCUGAGGGACCCAGCCCUGAUUAGGGAUAUGUUUUGUACAAUGAUGAUCUGCUCCUGAUUUUAAGCUUGGCAAAGUUUGUGGAUCCUUUCAUAGAUAUGGGAGCAUGAUCUUAAAAUGAUCCCCACCCACCAUCAACCCAUGCACCAAAUCCUCCUACCCAAUAAGAUUCUAUUCUGAAACAAAAGAGACCGGUCAUUGAAAACAACCAGGUUCUCCUAAAAUAACAAGGGGGAAAAAAAUGCUUGAUGACAAUAUGGGUUUGCAGUACCUUGCUCCCAUAGCUUU